AUGACCGAGACGACCCGUCGUCGACGACAGCGAGCUGCCUGGCAGGAACAGGCCGCGGCCAGUAAGGACGGGUUCUUCGUGUACAGCGGACCCCUGGUGCCGGAGGGGGAGAAGGUCCAAGUCGAGCGCGCGGACGGAACUAUCAAGCGCGGUCGUGGUCGCGGCCGUGGAGGCCGGAGUCGUGCACCGGCGACGCAGCACCAACACCCUCUCGCGGCGGCCGUACCCUUCUCGCAAGAGACGGGGCUCCCGUUGCGCGGCCCCGGGUCGCGCGGAGGCACCUCCCGUCGGCGCAUCAACAAACCUCGCCCGACCGCAGACGACAAGUCGGCAGCUGCCUCCACAUCUCAUGGACGCGGUGGUGGUGCUGCUGCAGGCCGUGGCGGUUCGACAAGUACACGCGGCGGCAAGACGCCGGCGAUGGUCGAACUGGCACCAAGACCAAACCUUGUGCCUGCUCCCGCAGGCCCUAAUGCGACGGCUGGGUCCGAGAUCGGGAUGAAGUAA